AUGGCUAUCAUCUCCUACGGAGUAUCAGCCACUCUGUGCGCACAAGCACGUCCCAAGGCAGUCGUAUACCGCGGUCCAGCCUCAUCAGAAGGUUGUCCUGAAGGCGUCCGCGACCUCUUGGUCUCCUCCCCAUCCAACUUUGAGGUCGUCUUCGCUGGUCCAAAUGAGCCAAUCGAUGUGAUCGAGGCUCUCAAAGGCGCAACGGUGUAUGCCCAUGGCGGCGGACCGAACUGGAGCAAAGCAUAUCGCUCCACAAAGAAAUAUGAAAAGGCUAUCCAAGAAUUUGUCAAAUCCGGGGGUCAUUAUCUUGGCUUCUGUCUUGGCGCUUAUCUCGCGGGUCCGGUCAAUGGGUAUAAUCUUCUUCCCAAGGGCGUUGAUACGGAGCAGGAGAUUGAGCGUCGAGGGGCGCAGGUCAAGGGCCAGGAAGAUACGGUUAUCAACGUUGAUUGGACUUUUGAGUCGGGAACGACGGAGCAUAAGAGAUGGUUGUAUUUUCAGGAUGGUGUUGUGAUUAGGGGUAUGGAUGCGAGCAAGCCAGGGAAGAUUGUCGGAAGGUAUUCUGCGAACGGAGAUGUUGCUGCUUCGAUUACGCCUUAUGGGAAGGGCUCGGUUGGACUUGUUGGACCUCAUCCUGAGGCUGAUCAUACAUGGUAUGAAGGAGCGGGGAUUAAGAACCCUGAGGGUAUCAGACUUGAUAUUGGGCAUGAUUUUGUCGAAGCUACUAUUCAUGCAGGUUCUGGCAAACGCUCUUGA